AUGCCUACAACCAAGAUUGACUAUAGCGUUGCUCAUAAUAUUCUUAAUGAAAAGACUCUCAACGAAGGUGAGCUGAUAGAGAACGACAAAAUCAUUUCGACACCAUAUGGUUUAUCGAUAUUGGAAAUACAAGGUGAACUAAACCUCCCACAGUCCUUUCCUCAGGCCAAUGAAAACCACAAGCCCGAAUAUUUGGAAAAUUUUGCUCGUGUCAAUGAUAUAUAUGAAGCUGUGAAAUUUGGAAGACUAGAAUUCGACCCUAAGAACCAGUCUAACGUGACGUUGUAUAUUGGGAAAUCGCAGAGAUUGUUAGGAUCAAUGGUUAAUUUAGAGACCCCAUUAGCAGUGCUACGGAUAAAAACUGAGACAAACAAUGAGGACACAGAGCAUGGCUCUCUCGAAGAAAACAAAGACGAGAGUAUAAAAAUCGUGGAUAUUGUAAAGAAGAAGAUAAUUUUUAAACAGAGACCUUUACCUAUCAUGUAA